CGCUCAAGCUAUCCAUUUGUCCAGAGCUCCCCUGCAAUGGCGUCCCAAAGAAAGAAGGAGAAAAUUGAGAAGUGGCUAUGGCGAUGAGCUUGAUUGAACGUUGGCCAACAGCGAAGAAGAAAACCAGAGUGCAAUGGCCAUGGCAAUGGCAGCCAAGGCUUUUCUUCCAUAGAAAGCUCGCUUGCUGUGUGGGUGGUGGGCCAACCACAACUGUCAUCUAUUCCUUACACUUUCACCCAACACCAUCACCAUCUUUUCUCUCUCUCUUUCCCUUUCCCUUUCUCUCUCUCUCUUUCUCUCACCAUUGUCAAAUCUUUCCCCUAUUCUGCUUCUUCUUUGCUUUCUUUUUCCUUCUUUUUCCUCCAUGUCUUUAAUGGCGGCCGAUAUGCGAAUUCUAUGCGGAAAGAUAGAGAGUCGGUGAUGGAUAAGCAUCUGGUCCUCUUUUUUACUGGUUGUCGAGAGAGAUUACUACAUUUUAAAAGUCUUCUAGUUGUUGCUGUUGGUUUUGUUCUUCGUGCGGUCGGUGGAAUCGCUGAAAAUUUUGGACAUCGAGAGCGGGGGUGGGGUGUGGUGUGUUCGUUCUAAAGUGGAGUGUGAUGUUUUGGACUUUCUGUGAUGGAUUUGGAGUGAAUUUUGUUAAACUUCGAUCGAUUUCAUUUCGAUUUGGAGAGUUUAAUCGCAUUUUUGAAGUUUUUGUUAAGGUUUUUGAAUCGGUUCGAGAUAGUUGUGAAAGUGGACUGAAUCAGAAGAUACUAGAAUUUGAGUUCUAAUGCUUCUGAUCAACCUCUGAUAAGAAGAAAUUGAGGAAAAUAUAUUAUGAAAUCUUCGAGUUCAUGAAUUUUCAUUUUGGAGAUAAUGUUCCCUCAGUUAUCUUUUCUUCCAAGAAAACUACGAAUCUCUCGAUAUUCUAAGAUUUUGCUGAAUUUCUGGGCACGUUACAACGCUUCGAUCCGAUUCCUUGCCAUUUCAAGAAGCCGUGACUAAAUUUUGCUGUGUCCGCCCGAUUGGUCAUCUGGAUUCCAUGCCUGUUUUUCGUCACACUGGAUUUCUCGGGGUCAGCUCUCGAGGUUAGCUUGUCGGUGAAUUUUCCGGCGAAACGAAAGUAAGAAAUUCCGUUUGUAAUUGUUUUCUAAGCUGUUUUGUUCUUCGUUCCUGUUAUCAGAGUUCAUGCAACCAUAUUAGAGAAGAAAAAUUUGGACGGAAUCUUUGAAGAAAAUGGGGAAGAAUUCCAAAAGAAUUAUGGUUCGUUAUGAGAAGGAUCAGAGGGGCUGUAUGUGGGGUUUGAUUAGUUUAUUUGAUUUCCGCCAUGGCCGCGCCUCCAGGAAGCUAUUAGCAGACAAGAAGCGUCCUGGCAGGCAAACUGUUGCAGGUACUGGAAAUUCAAGAAAUAAGUUUGAGAUUUUGGCUAAUCUGGAUGAAGAUUGUAGUGUUACUUUGAACAGUGAAGAAUGUAAGACAGUAGACAUUGGAAAGCCCAGUGUCAAGAAACUCAUAGAAGAAGAGAUGUUCAAUGAGCUGGACGCGAAGAGAAUCGAGCGUGAACACUCGGGCCAUUUAAAGAUGAACGACCCAAAGAAAGUGAAGAAGAGUCGGAAGAAAAGCCGUGAUAUUGAUGCCGAUUCCUUCAAUGCUGCGGAGUAUUUGAAGGAACAAAGUGUUCGUAAUCUUCCUGUUGAUGUGAUGCUAAAGGAGAUCUACAGUCAAAUCCAUCGGAAGAACACGAGCGACCUGAAGUUUGACCCGAACGACAAAACAGAUAUGCAAUCAAAUGAGUUCCUUGCUGAUUUAGAACAAAAAAUGGUUGAUGCACUUAAGGAAUAUUUUGGCCAGAAGUUCAAUAUUGGGAAAGAUUUCACUAAAAUUCAGAAAGUUCAACACUCAAGAGAAAUCAUGGAUGCACUUCAGAUUCCCCAUACUGAUGACGAGCUAGUUCACGAACUCGCACAAAACCCGAACUCUGUGUUACUCAAGUACAUUAGAAAUUUGCACGAUUUGUCAAUAGAAAAAGACGUGGAACCCAAGUCACACGAGUUCAGUGAAGUUAGCCAGUCUGAGGAGAUUGUUGAUCAUAAGCAACGUUUAUUUUUCAAGAGAAAGGUCAAGAAUCCGGGAAGGAAUGUAUCCAAAGGGAACGAAAAUUCUGAUGCGUCAAGUAAGAUUGUAAUCUUGAAGCCAGGGCCGAAAGGUUUGGUGAAUUCUGAGGCUGACAGCAUUCAUCCAUCAGUCCAAAAUUCUACUGCUAACGAUAAAACGAAAGUGCUGAAUGAGAGGGUCGGUUCGAACUUUUUUCUUUCAGGAAUCAAGAGGAAAUUUAGAUAUGCUAUGGGAAAAGAUCACCAUGAACACUCUGCUUAUGGUUCAGAUAGAUUUUCUUGUGAUCAUCACAGUACAAGGGAGAGUGAAGAGGGUGUUCUUAAGGAAGAUAGUGCAAGAAAUUCUACCAGCAAGGACCAUUUUUUUAUUGAAAGAAUUUCCAGGCCUUCCACUGAUAGCAAGAGAAGGGAGAAGGCUGGAAAACUCAAAAGCUUGGAAAUUAAUCAAGAUUUGGGAAAUGUUUAUAACGAUAGGAGAAGCUCGUCUAAUAUUUAUGCCGAGGCAAAGAAACAUCUUUCCGAGAUGCUUAGCAGUGGGGACGAAAGUGUAGACUUUUUAAGGGGACAUGUGCCGAAGACCCUCGGAAGGAUUCUAUCUCUUCCUGAGUAUAGUUUUUCUCCCAUUAGCAGUCCUAAAAUGGACUGCAAGCUCAGUCCAGUAACUUCAGAGAAGAGAGUUUCUGCUGGUAGCCGACUUUUAAAUGUUAAUGAAAUUACCCCGUCGCUCAAGGGCGAAAAUGACGAUACCCCAAUCAGUGUGCAGCCUCCAACUGAUGAUAACCACGAUAUGAAGAGCGAGAUCGUUGAUCAAAGUAUAAGGGAAGAAGCUGUGAGUUCUAGUACUAAUGGGAAGAUUUCUGAAGGUGAUAUUGAGAUUCUGAAGGUAAAUGAAAUUGCAGUCCAUGAGGAGAGUAGUGUUUUGGAAGCUCCCUCUGGCUCAAGUGAAUAUUCUCUUUUGAGAGAAGAUCGGAAUGGUGAAAUGGCCGACGAUGCAUGCGAUGUGAGAACUGUUUCUUAUGUUCCCUCCGACCCGAUUGCUUCUUCCCCUAUCAGAGAAGGCCACGAUGAUGACACGCCAGACGUGGGCGAUGAUAAACCUUCAAUGAGCUUGUCCCAAGAUUCGUCUGAAGAAAAUGAACUGUCUCCAUCUCGCUCGGCAUCGUCUUCUAGCUCACCUACACAAGGAAAGGCUGUUGGAGAUUUAGAUGGUGUUUCCGAUGUUCCAGAGCGGCCGAGCCCUGUUUCAGUUCUUGAGCCAUUAUUUGUAGAUGAUAACCUGAGCCCUCUGCAUGCCAUGGCUUUGCCUGGGUUGCGAGUCCAACCAGUGCAUAUCGAAUUUGAAGAACGCGAACCUGCAGAAACCGAUAAGGCUAACGUCACGAAAUCGUUAAAGGAAGAUAAGGAAGUGAUUUUUGACUAUGUAAAGGCAGUGCUGUUGGCAUCUGGACUUAGCUGGAACCAAAUCUGUGGAAAGUGGCUCUCUUCAGAACAGCUUCUUUACUUGUUACUACUCGACGAGAUAGAGCUUUUCCCGAACCAGCUGUGCUCCGACCAGCAGCUCCUCUUUGACUGUAUUAAUGAAGUACUUGCCGACUUUUGUCAAAGCUAUCCGCCAUGGUUCUCGUUUGUACAACCUUGUCUACGGUCCGAAUAUCUGCUCGAGAUUUGUGAAGGAGUAUAUUGGCAUCUUCUUCCAAUGCCACAGCCCCUUACAUUGGACCACCUUGUCAGGAAGGACAUGAGCAGAACCAGAACAUGGAUGAACCUUCAUUCCGAUGCUGAAACCAUCGGUACGGAGACGUGUCAAGCCAUAUUCGAAGAUUUAUUGGACGAUACCGUAUUCAGCUGCGUGUAUGAUAGUUCAGAAUUCGACGACGGAUUUGGCAUGGAGACUGAAAACAUGAGUGAUGACUGGUAAAAUAAUCAACUUGGGAGGACCCCUUCCCCUUGAUGAACUAUAAUAUGACUGAGCUUUUGCUAACCUAGUCUCCUCAGAUCUGUGUAGAUAUGGCUAGCUCCAUAACCAUGGCUUUUCUGGCCUUCCGUGCUCGUUCUAGUCGUCGAACUACUAAUGCCUUCGACGGAGAAGGUUUAAAAGUUUGGUCGUAGCUGAAACACAGAGUUUGGUCCUUCAUAUCUGUCUUUUACAGCUGACAUAUAUCAUCUGCGGGAUCGGGAACGAGAUUCGUAUAGUUAUCGUAUUGUAGGUGGCGCCAUCCUUUGUAGAUCUUGUAGAGUUUCGUGUGUUAUAUUAGUCGAGGAAGUCGAUAUCGUGUGGUUUGAUUCAUUGAUUUUUCUCUUUUCUUUUCUGGUUUUGGUUGUGAGAAUUGCUCCUUUUUUCUUACAAGUAUGUAAUAAAGUGCGUUCCCUUUUCAUGCA